CUGCCGCUGGUUGCCAGAGGCUUAUUUACGUGACUAACGUCACGCGCCACACGAGUAGCCGACCCGUGGGGACCGCUCGGAAGCAUUUCAGCAUAUUUCAGCACGGCGAAUGGCUGCCUUGCGGCCCGUUGCCGCGAGCGCCUGCUGCAAAGCAGCCGCGCCAGCAAUUGCUGCUAUGUCAGCAAAGCGCGGUGGCCGGCUACCUUCGCGCCCUGCUUGCAGCAGGCUUUCCAGUCCACUAGGGAACGCGGCUGUCGCUCGGCCGGCAUGCUGGCAGCGGCGACUGUGGCGCGGUGGGGCAGCGGCGGCCGGGAGCCGUGGCCCGCCGCCCGAAACCGAGCCGCCCACCCACGGUGGCCUGUAUGACGCAGCAGCAGACGGGAAGCCAACAGCAAAGUCAUCCGCUGAGCCGCCCCAGGAGCAGCCGUUGGAUAUGCAACCGCUUUUCCCUGCGGACCAGCGCACACCGGCGGGCGCGACUCCGCAGCAGCGUGCACAGCGCACGUCGCCUUCGCCUCGGCGGCGGCAGCCGAGCGGCGCCGCCGCUGGUGACGGCAGCGGCCGGCGGCUGGCGUCAGAGGAGCAGGUGGUGGCGCUGCUGCAGGAGGCGGUGGUGGGUCCCAUUCGCGCCGACGUGGCGGCGGUGGCGGCGGCGUGUGGGCGGCUGGAGGAGGCGCAGCAGGUGCACGCGGCGGCGCUAGCGGAGGCACAAGAGCUGCUCAGGACACUGGAGGGGCGCGCUGCAAUGGCGGCUUCAGCCGUGGCGGCGGUGGCGGCGGACAGCACUGCUCCAGCGACAGACAUCGACCCACAGCCGGCGCCUGCUGAGGCAACAGGAGCCGAGGCGAGCCCCGUACAGCCUCCUGCAGGGGAGCAGCAGCUGCAGUGUGAGCAGACGCCGCCACCCACAGCGGAGGUGCGGCCGGCGCCGUCCUGGUCGGCCGCCAGAGCAGACAGCAGUAGCGGGCGUGGUAGUAGUGGCGGCUCCACCCGCCGUGGCGCGCUGCUGUCGGCUGCUGUGGCCGUGGGUGCGGCAGCAGGCGUAGCCGCUUACAAUCUGCAGCAGGACGCAACGAGCGGUGCACUGGACCGCAGUGGUGCCCGUGGCGGUGACGGUGAUGGAGCUGAUGGCGCCGCCAUGAAUGGCGGCAGCAGCGCAACCGCCGGUCGCAGUAGCACGGACCCUCUGCGUUCGCAGGGAUCCACGCCCAAUUAUUGCAAGCGGCUGGUUACGCUCCGGGAGCCAGUGAACAACAAGGAGCUGUCUCUGCUGCAGCUGCUGGACGCGCCGGUGGCUCAGCCCGGCGCCGUCAAGCAGCUGCUGAUGCUGGGCAAUGUCGACGCCAACAUUUGCACCGGGGACCGCAAGGGCAUCCCCGCGCUGGCACUGGCUCUGCGCUGGGACCACGUGGAGCUGGUGGAGCUGAUGCUGGAGGCGGGCGCUACCGCCUGCGCCGCAGACCUGGACGGGUACACGCUGAUGCACUAUGCGCGCAGCGGCGCUGCGGUGCGGCUGCUGGUACGGCAGGGCGCGUUCGUGAACGCCAAAGCCGAGAACUGGAUGACACCUCUGCACGUGGCCGCGCGUGAGGGCUGGGUGGACGCCGCGCAGGCGCUACUGGACGCGGGCGCAGACGUCAGUGGCCGCACACUGCUGGAGCAACGCACGCCCCUGCACGUUGCGGCGGUCAACGGCCAGUUCCAAAUCGUACGGCAGCUGCUGGCGGCGGGCGCAGCCGUUGACGCCGCCGCGUCCCGGCGCGAAACCGCCCUGCACCGCGCCGCCGCCGCCGGCCAUACGGCCGUGUGCCGCCUGCUACUCACCGCCGGCGCCGACCCGGCCGUCAAGAACACCUCGGAGCUGACCCCCGCUGACGUGGCGCCGACCUCCAAGCUCCGCAACCUUCUGCGACCGCGCACAUGAGGAAUUGACUUUGACCCGGCUUGGCUCUGGGCCUGCAGAGGAUAGUGUUUGAUGUGGCAGUGCAAAGGGCGGACCAAGCACAUGCAGCGAUGAGAGAGAUGAGAAGUGUGAAGGCCGAGGAUGGGGUGGUGUUGAUGAUACAGCAGCUCAAAGGAUGGCGCCGAACGGGCAGUGUGGUGCUGGAACACCGUUGUGUAUGGAGGUAAUGAGAACUACCGGGUUUGGAAGGCAAGGCCGUGUAAGUAGUCGGUGUA